UUAUCGUGGUGGAGGCAAAAGCUGCAAGUGCCUCGUGGCUAACACGAGGGCUGGAGUUUGUGCAACAUGCGUUCAUGGAAUAUGGGAUAAGUUUAUAUAAUGCUGACGAUGCUCUCGACUUGUGCCCCUGAUAGAACCUUUAGCAAGUCAAGAAACCCAUCAAAGUCGAUAUUUAAUCCCAGAACAACAACAAACACGACCUUAUUAUGAGAUCCUCCUUGCUCUUGACGGUCCUUGCGACCGUCGGAUCCAGCACAGCCUCCCCCCUCCUCGUAAAGAAGGCCAACUUCGACCCUCCUCCAGGAGCCGACAUUGACAUCCUGAACUACGCCUUGACCCUGGAAUUUCUGGAGAGGAAGUUCUACCAGGAAGGCCUCGCCAACUACACCGAGCAAGACUUCUGCAACGCUGGUUUCGAGGCUUCUUUCUACAACAACCUGAUGAGCAUCUAUGCCGACGAGCAGGACCAUGUGACCUUCCUCGCCACCGCCCUCGGCGCAAAGGCAGUCCAGGAAGCAACAUACUCCUUCCCCAGCACCGAUGUCAAGUCCUUUGUGGCGCUCUCCGCCAUCCUCGAGGGAGUCGGCGUCUCUGCCUACCUGGGCGCCGCCGGCGCCAUCGCCAACAAGGCGUACCUGACCGCGGCCGGCUCCAUCCUGACCGUCGAGGCUCGCCACGCGGCUUACGUGCGCGCUGCCCUGGGCGAGGCCCCCUUCCCGAAACCCAUGGACACUCCUCUGGACUUCAACGCCGUCUUCUCGCUGGCCGCACAGUUCAUCACGGGCUUCGCUCCGGGGGCGGCUCCGCUGCCCUUCAAGGCUUUCCCGCCCCUGACAUUGCAGCCUAGCCAGUAUCCGUACACCGAGGGCAGCUCGAGCGUGACAUUCUCCAACGCCUAUGCCAAUGCAAUGUCUGCGGGUCUGGCUACCAAGGAUACCGCAGUCUAUGCUGUGUUCUACUCCGGCUUGAAUGUUUACUAUGUGCAGACCUACGUCACUCAGGGCGGCAAGGAUUACAAGAUUCAGAAGCUCCCGGGUGCCAACGACACCAGUAGCGGCGAGCUGCCACCCCUGGGCCAGACCUACGUCGUCCUCAGCACCGCCAACGGGCAGGGCAACAACACCGUAUCGGACGAGAACACCAUCUCUGGGGUUGGGGUCCUCGAGGUGCUGCCGAAUGGAACAUCGAACUGAGAAGCGGUGCCGGAUAUUGAAGAGAAUGGGAAUAUUGAAGUCUGACUAUUAUCCCAUGAUCAAAAGGGCCCGGGACGAAAGGGGUGAGAUAAUUCUAAUUCUCUCGUGUGAGAUCUUAUGAAGGUAACUUAAUUUAAUUUCACUUUGGCAUAUAUAUCUCUGCAAUUGCAACAAAAUGAGAGAAAGACUCCCUGUUUAUCAGAAUCAAGGCAAUUAUCCCGCAUUUGCAAAUCAGAGGUAAUUGAAACUAAUGAGACGUCCCGAUAUGAGCCCGAGGGCUGGAAUAGACUUGACCUGGGAUGGUUAG